AUCACUUCGUUGCGACCUCACGAUCAUUCCUGCGCUCUGUUCUCCAUGGGCCGUGAAUGCUACCUAGACUCUCACCGCCGCGGAUAUAUACAACAGCUUUUUUUUUUCAUGCGCUGUUGCCGCAGCCUGCCCAUUUGGAACGAUACACGACCCUAAGCCUCGAAAGCCCGAAAUCUACGACGACAACAUAGAUUAUUCUGACAACAAAAUCGACUCUAUCCUGUGGAAAUGAAAAUGGGUUGGACCGAUAAGCUAUCUAUUCGCAAUCCCCUUCAUCGGCGCUCAGAGUCCCAGAGCACAUUCUCCUCCAGCUCUACAUCCGUCAACUUCACCGCGUCGAACGGAAAGCCCCUACCAAAACCGAAACCCUCAGUGCUUUCGCCGGGCGACAAACCGCCUCCUAUCUCCCGAAAUUACGACCAAGAAGAGCUUGCGUUGCAAAUUCGUGAUCUCAACGAAUUGAUUUUGAAGCGCUAUGCACUGGAUAUCGAGAUCUACAGUUUGAGAGACUGUUCUUCACGGGAUAGAAAGAUCGUGGAGGACAAGAUGCGGCGCUCGGACGCAGCCCUUCAGAAGAUCAUGAUCACCGUCCAGUCAUGGGACAACCGAAAGAAAUGGAAGUCCCCCGCGGAUUAUGACAAGAUACGAGUCAUCAGAGAUAUGUUAGAUGAGGGCGGCAAGCGGGUCUGGGCAGGGAAUCCACCUUGGGAGGAGUAAACUAAUUUAUUGACGUGGAUGUGUUGUAUUUGGUGGUCAGCAAUAUACAUCUUGGCUUUCGU